AUGUAUCGACCAUAUGCAGAUUCUUAUUAUGUUGCCCCUGGAUUUGGAAUGGGAUCAGCUUAUAUUGGAGGAGCUCAAUGUUAUCCACCAGUAGUUGGAACUCCUCUUGUUGGUGGAGCAGUAGUUGCACCUGGUAUUGGUUUUGGUACUCCACUUAAAGAUAAUAAGAAUUUUGACGGUUAUCAUUAUCAAAAUAGUGGAUAUACAGAAAAUAAUUAUCAAAAAAACGGAGGACAUCAACAACAAUAUUUGAAUAAUUAUAGGAAUCCAAAAAUUAAUGAGGUUGAUGAUUCAUUUAAUGAUAUCAAUUCUCUUCAACACUCCUCAUUUAAUAAUAAUAAUUCUUUUUAUGAUAAAGGUCAAUUUUUACAUACUAAUAAUAUUUCAUAUAAUAAAGUACCAACAUUUUCAAAAAAAGAAGAAGAGAAUCAUUCACAUUCCCUGCCAAUUUUUGAAAAUUAUUUAGAUAUAUCCUAUAACGAAGCUCCUAAUUUAAAUUCAUAUAAUCAACAUCCUCAACAUACUACAUCAUCUUUUUAUUCAUCUAAUCAUCAAUAUAAUCCUAAACAACUUUUUAAUAACGAAGAUUAUCAAUCACCAAGUAAAACAAAUAAUUUGUACCUUCAUCAUCAAUCUGCGGCACCUCCAGUUUCAGAGAAGAUACCAUCAUUAUUGACAUCCGUAGAUACUAGUUGCCUAGACGAUAUAUUAAUUAAUGCCGAUAUGUCUAAAUCAUCCUCACAUUGGAAAUCAUCAUUUAAUGGAAUACGUGAAAAAUAUAGUAAUGGUUAUUUUAAUGAUUCCUAUAAUGAUCAUAAAAAUUAUUCAUCUACAUCACAUAGUUUACCUAGAAGAAAUGAUACAUCUAAUUAUUUAAUGAAAAGUACUUCUUAUCAUACAAUUGCUUCUCCAAGAAAAAUUGAUGAUAAUAAAGGACUAUUACAAGCAGCUGUUGAAAGAAGAGUACAUGAAUCACUUGAAUUACCAUCAUCAUAUCCUUCACAGGGACGUAAACCAGGUACAGAUAUGGGAACAUUUUGGUUAAAUACAAUUCGUAAAAGUCCUAUAAAACAAAUUAUGACUGCAGCUGAGAGAUUAGAAAAAUUACAAGAACCAGCUUAUGUAAACUCUUAUCAUAAUAGUGGUGAUAAAAUUAUUAAACGUACAUUUAUAUCAAAUACAUUACCUAUAAAACGUUCUGAUAACAAUUCUGUUGCAUCAAGAAAAGCAAUUUUUUCAUCACCAAAAUCAAAUGAAAUAAUAGAAAGUAGGAUGUCGUCAUAUAAAUCACCAACAAAUCAUAAAAAUAUCACUUCACCACAUAUUGAUUUAUCAGAUCUAGAAGAUGCUGUAGCUCAAUUGACAACAAAAAAUGAACAUCAUAUUAAUAAUAAUUCAUCCUCAAAAAUAUUUUCAUCAUCUCUUUCAGCUGGUUUGCAUCGUUUCCCAAUAGGUGAUGAAUAUAAUAAUAAUAAUAAUAAUAAUAGAUAUAAUACAACAAAUAAAUAUUUAUCUAAUAUUCAUUCACCAUCACCAGAUUCUGGAGGUGAUAUUUCACAAUCCUGUCCAACUGAUUUACCACAUCCAAAACCAAAACAUAAUUUAAGAGAACAAAUUAUUAAUGCUAGUAUACAAUCAACACCAUUUAUUAAUGAAAGACAAAUAUCUCCUAGUAGAAUAAUAUUUCCAAUUACUAAUACAGGACAGGUUGCUAAUAAAAUUUCAAAUUAUGAAAAAAAACAUUCUUCUCCAACACCACCUAAUUUAUUACAAUUAGCUUCACAAUUAAAUGGAAAUGGAAUGUAUCCAUCAAAUAUUGAUGAAACAUCUAGAUCAACAUCAUCUUCACCAUGCCUAUCACCGGUAGCAUUAUCACCCAAAUCAUCAGUUUUUAGAACUAAACCUAUUAUACAAUUUGGUGCAAAUUCUUAUAGUUCCAGUUCUUCUCAUAGUAAUUCAACCAGUCCUUGCACAGUCAAUUUUCAAAUAUCUACACCAACUAUAAAUGGUUUUCAAAAUAAUAAUAAUAAUACAACAAAAUCUUAUACUCUUAAUACUAAUAAUAAUAUCUAUAAACAUCAAGAUCCAUCAACAACAUAUAAUGUAUAUCAAGUAAGUUUUAAUAAUAAAAAUAUUAAAAAAAAAUAA